CGGGUAUUAAAAAUGAUGAAUUAUCAAAAAAAAUAAAGCAAUAUAAUGAUGAUAAAAUAAAAAUAGUCAUACCACCAGAACAUCUUGAAAUUUGGGAUACACACCACAUUUUGGUUAUUCAUAAUGAGGUUUAUUUUUAUACUAAUGAUAAUAAUUCAUCUUUUUGGAUAGAAGACAAUAAAUCUAUUAUCAAGAAAAAAGGACAAGGAUCUUUAGUUAUAGUUAGCAACUUCUUGUAUGUAUGCUAUAGCUCUCUAUAUCUUUUAGAAGCUGAUGCUAUAUGA